GGGAAUAAAGGGAGGUAAAUAGAGGGAACUAAAGAGAAAUAUAGAGAAAGAUAAAUAGAAUGGGCGAAGGAAAGAGAGAGAAAGAAAAGGUAGAGCGCACUUGACGAAAAUGGAGCUUUGACUUAUUUUAUUAAAACUAUAUUUAUGGCUCAUUCACAAAUGAGCUUCUUCUCUCUUCGAAGUAUGCUUUGUGAAUGAUUUAUUUCACCCAUGUGGUGCAAUUAUUAAAACAUUAAUAUUUGAUUAUGUUUCAUUUUGAAAUUAACUUAAAGUGAGCUGUGAUCAGCUAUUUAAAAUGCCAAUCCAAGCACCACAGUGGACAGACUUUCUGUCUUGUCCAGUUUGCUGUAAUUUGUUCAAUGAACAGUAUUAUCGUCCUAUCAGUCUGGGCUGUGGUCACACAGUGUGCAAGAGCUGUCUCUCGAAACUUCAUUCUAAGAAGUGUCUAUUUGAUCAGAGUAUAAUUUCCCGCACCAUUGAAGAAUUGCCUGUAAACUAUGCACUGCUGCAGCUGGUCGGUACAGCCAUUCCUGAGAAAGAGACCAUUACUAUAAGUGAUCGAUCUGAGCACUGCAGAUCAUAUGAGUCUGCUAAUCGAUGCAUUGAACAGUUAGCUGUGUAUCUAAAACCUUUUUCUGCAGGUGCUGGAAACACAAAUGCUAUUCUUAGCAGACCAAUGCAGAGAAAGCUGGUGGCCCUGGUUAACUGUCAGUUAAUUGAAGAGGAAGGACGUGCUCGUGCCAUGCGUGCUGCACGCUCUUUGAGUGAAAGAACAGUUACCGAGCUUAUCUUACAGCACCAGAAUCCACAACAGCUAUCGGCUAAUCUCUGGGCAGCUGUCCGUGCAAGGGGAUGCCAAUUUUUAGGACCAGCUAUGCAAGAAGAAGUGCUGAAACUAAUUCUUCUUGCUUUAGAAGAUGGAUCAGCACUAUCCCGCAAAGUGCUUGUCCUUUUUGUUGUACAGCGACUUGAACCACAAUACCCACAAGCUUCUAAGACAGCUAUUGGUCACGUAGUACAGCUACUCUAUCGAGCUUCUUGCUUCAAGGUUACCAAACGUGAUGAGGAAUCUUCUCUCAUGCAACUAAAAGAAGAGUUUCGUACUUAUGAAACCUUACGACGAGAACAUGAUGCUCAGAUUGUUCAAAUUGCAACAGAGGCUGGUUUAAGAAUAUCCCCGGAUCAGUGGUCUUCUCUUUUAUAUGGGGACACUGCUCAUAAGUCACAUAUGCAGUCCAUCAUCGACAAGUCUGUUUUUUUAAAAGAUGCUCCGAUUCCUACCUGGGAGAAUCUGGAAGCUGUAAUGAAAGCUGUACAAACUGUGGUAGAAGGACUUGUGGACUUCAUCCAGCACUAUAGCCACAAAAAACAUGAGCCAGCUAAUCUGCACAACACCAAAUAUAAGACAAACAUGUGCCGGGAUCUCACUCAGAAGGGAAGUUGUCCUCGGGCUGCUAAUUGUACUUUUGCUCAUUCCCAGGAUGAAAUGGAAAAGUACCGUGCUCGAAAUAAGAAGUUUGGUGGUAAGACAGGUACAUCUUCGGUUGCGGGUCUUACACCGAAAGAAAAAGCUGAGUUGGAUCAAGUGACCAAGUCCACCCGUGAGAGGAUGAUUGCAAAAUCUGCACGGCAAGAUACUUUCAACCCAAUGGGUAUUAAACAUAUUUCUGUGAAACUUAAUAGCAGUUCCGAUUCUGUGAACACUGAAGGUUCCCCGCCAGGUUCGCUGUCGACAAUAUGUUCUCCAAACUGCAACAACACCAAUCCAACAAUGACUGCCACUACCACCAGCAUCACUACAGCCACCCCAAUAACUUCAUGUAAACCUAAUAUGACACAAGUAUCAGCAGGCCUCACCAGCAACACUAGCACGGUCUCUUCAGUUUCUUAUCAGCUAGGAAGUGCUAAUUCUUACAAUAAUACUCAUAUCAAACAUGAAAGUUCGUCGCCAGUGCCUGUCACUCACAGCCAUUCUAUUUCCAAUUCCACUCCAUGCAUCAUGCCCUAUGAAAUACCACCUAGUCAUAUCUUAGAUGGGAACUAUUAUAAACCAACUCCAUAUUGCAUUCCUCCUUGUCAUCAAAGAAUGCCAGUUCCUCACCCACAAUAUUUGUUUAACUAUCGAGUUGAUCAAGGAAUUCCUCAUAUGCAAUAUCGUGCUUCUACUAUCAGCAUGUUUGACAUUCAUUCAAUGCCAGUUGCAUCCUAUACAGAUCCAUGGAAGAAGCCAGUUAAUCACUUCGAUCAAAAAUCCAAAGAAACUCAUGUCCAACAGAGAAUAGUACCCACGUCUGGUCCGUUUCCUGAUCAUUGUGGCUGGGAACAGCCUGUCUCAAAUACUAUUUCUCAGUCGAAGAGUCUGGAAGAUCUUCUGGAUAGACGUCUUGAGAUACUGAACAUUGUGCAGAAGAAAGAAAUGUCUCCAACUGAAAUCCCAACUACUGGAGCCCCUUGCACCCCAGUCACUAAUGCCCCUGCUAUCUACCAAGGUAACCACAGAAUGAAUGUUUCUAUGGAGGUUAAUGAUGUUGGGGUAGAGCCUAAAAUGAUUACAUCAUCAAACCUAACGAAGAGCAAGUCUUACGUGUCAACAUCUACGACUCCCUCUCUUUCUUACAGAACUUCUUGUGGUUCUCUUAACAAAUGUACAACAGCAGAGUCCAGUUAUGUGUCCUGGUCUUGUGGUGAUAGUCCAAAUGUGGCAAUUUAUUCCCCACACCACAAUCUCAGCAAUUGUUCACCACAAAACUCUGUUGAAAUUGAUGCAAACCGUCCAAAUAAGAACUCAUCUAAGGACCAUUCAUCAGUGUUCAAUAUAUUUAGUAAUAUUGAUUCUCCAAAGAAAGAUAUCUAUGAGGAUUCGAGAGAAGAUUUUGCUAGACAUUCCCAUGGCGAGAAUGAUGACUUCAUUCCUUUUGAUCCACCAAUUGUGUCAAAGUUUGGUCCCAUUUCUCGUACCAAGGUGAAAGACAAGACAACUUGCCCAGUGCAAGUUACUGCCGAAGGGAACACACCUCAGGUGAUUCCUGCCACAGCUUCUACACCCUAUGAACACAAUUAUAUGGUGAGCUCUUCUUUAGCGCCAUCUAGUUACAAAAACAUUGUGAUAACAAACUCCAAUCAAAGCCAGCUGCGGCCUGAUGCCAAGCCGUUUGUCUCCUCAAGUCUGCCUGAGACCAUUGAAACUACUGAUGAAAACACAACUAAUUCAGGUGAACCGUAUACACUUUGGAACUUUCAAGAAAGUCUGCAAGACAAGAGCAACAGCAAGAUCAAAAAGGAACUAUCGCAGUUAGCUCAACAAUCUCAGAUUGCGAGUACCGAUGGAGAGAAAUUAGACCUUGAACUACGUACCAUUAACUUACAGAUUACGCUGAAAAUGAAAAGUCUACACAUGGCUUUGGAAGCACAGCUAAAAGAAUCAAAUAUGUUGAACAAGAAAAGGAAACAAGAACAAGAAGACAGACAGUAUGCUGAGGAUCUUGUCAUUGAAGAACUUGUCCAAAAGGUCAAAGACACAAAUAGUGAUGAUUACAUAACAGAUCCUGAACCAGCUGAUGAGAUAGCAGAAAGUUAGGGUAUGGUGUUGGCAAUUGGUAACAUGAUGAAGACACUGGUGUAGUUACCAAUUGGCCAGUUUCCUAUUAUAAUUCAUAUAUUGGUGUAUUAUUUGCAGAAAGAACAAUAGAAUGUAAAAAUAAAAGAAAAUAAAAAAAAAAUGAGCAAAAAAAAAAUGAAGCUAAGGAACUUUUGUAUCUUAUAAUCAAACAUUGUAUUAAACUUUGGUAAGUAGUGGACCAAAAAAAACCCAUAAAAACAACAAAAAAUACAGACCACACCCAUUAUUAAAGGUUUAGCAAUGGUAAAAAUAGGAUGAAAACUAAAUAUUUAAAAAAAAAAAUUUCAGCAAAACAAAAAAUUUAAAAAAAAAAAAAAACCAUUUUAUGGUUAAUUGAUCUUAAACCAUUUUUGUUUAAAACUUGGGUGGCCUGCCAUUGUAGCAUCGCCGGAAGUUAAAUGUGUUAAUAAUGCUAAUAAUAUUAAUAAUGAUAAUAAUAACGAUAAUGAUAAUAUUAUUAACACACUAUGUUGACUGUACUGAAAGUCAUUAAUCUAAACGGUUGUUAUUACAACUUCAAUUGGAUUUACUACAUUGUCACCACAAUGGAAGAAAUACAAUAAGAAAGUGAUGAAGAAGAAAGAAGUCUUUUUCUCCUAUCAAAGAAAGAAUCCCACCCUCUCCCUUCCCUUAAAGAUUUCUUGCAAAUAAGGAAGGAGGAAAACAAGGAAAAAAAAAAAAAAAAAGAGAAAUUUUAA